AUGAUUCAGCCGGUCCUCUCCAGAGAAGAGAUCAUCGAAGCAGUCACCUCGGAUAAAAGAUACUACAACAAUUCUCAGAAUGUGGAGAUGCCACAUAUCGAUGCUUUGCACACUUCUGGCGACAAUGAUCUUCUUCUUCAGAUCGGGUACAAGCCUGAGCUUAAGAGACGGUUUAAUACGCUCCAAGUGUUUGGCGUUGCCUUCUCUAUUAUGGGAUUGCUCCCUUCCAUCGCCACCACCCUUGCUUAUGGCAUCACAGCUGGCCCUGCUGGUGCCAUUUGGGGCUGGUUAAUAGCCUCGUGCUUUAUUCUUGUGAUUGGCAUUGCCAUGAGUGAAAAUGCCUCGUGCCAGCCAACCUCGGGAGGUCUUUAUUACUGGACAAAUUACUAUGCUCCUCCUAAACUCAAGUCGGUGCUUUCGUUCGUCAUUGGGAACACAAACUCGCUUUCUUUGACAUGUGGGUUUUGCUCGAUCGAUUAUGGCUUUGCCCAGGAGCUCUUGUCCAUUGUGGUGAUCGCCAAAGACGGUAAUUUCGAGGUGACCCAGGCCAAAACGUAUGGUGUGUUUGCUGCCUGCGUCAUUGCCCACUUACUUGUCACCUGCCUGUCUUCCAAGCAUAUUGCCUCUUUGCAAGCCACAUCGAUUAUGUGGAAUGUGCUUUUGAUCGUGAUGUUUCUUAUUGCCAUGCCAAUUGGUGCAUCGAGAGGUCUGUUCAAGUCGGCCAAGUGGGUUUUCACUCACUUCGAUAACCUCACGAACUACCCCAUGGGCUGGAACCAGGUCUCUCAGGCAUGGCAAUCGGCAAUCUGGACCAUCGGUGCUUUUGACUCGUGUGUCCACAUGUCCGAGGAAGCGAAGAACGCCACUACCGCCGUGCCUCUUGGGAUUGUGAGCUCCAUCACUGCUUGCGGUCUCAUAGGGUUUGUGAUAUUGAUAAUGACUUUCUUUUGCAUCCAGACAAACGACUUGGAGGGCCACAUUCUAAACACAAAAAUGGGCCAGCCAAUGGCACAAAUCAUUUAUGAUGCUUUUGAAACGAAAACUGGCCAGGGAAAGCCUAUGGCCAUCACAUUUAUGGUUCUCAUUACCAUUGGUCAAUUUCUCAUGGGGGCGUCAAUUUUGACGGCUAUCUCACGACAACUUUUUGCCUUCUCCAGAGAUAACGGCCUUCCUUUCUCAUGGUGGAUUAAGAAGGUCAACAAAGAAUUAUCUGUGCCUAUUCAUGCGGUCAUCACUGGUGCUAUUGCGGCACUUGUCAUUGGUCUUUUGGUGUUGAUUGGUAGCACAGCGGCUUCGGCUUUGUUCAGCUUGGGUGUUGCAGGCAACCUUCUUGCUUACAUGUUGCCAACAUUGUUGCGUUUGAUAUACACAGACAAGUUCACUCCUGGGCCCUUCUACUUGGGCAAGGUCAUGACUCAGGUGAACGGUUGGAUCUCUGUGCUUUACAUCGUUUAUGCUAUAAUAAUGGUGAUGUUUCCCAGAGACCGUAAUCCCAUUGCGGAUACCAUGAACUAUACCUGUGUCAUAGCCCCAGGCGUGUGGCUCUUAUCUCUAGUGUACUACUGGGUGUACGCCAGAAAAGUGUACCACGGACCCACGAAGACAGCCGAAGUUGACGAAGAUGAAACAAGCAGUAGCGUCGAGCAGUUGAGAGAGAACCUCGAUGCAAAGCAGCUUGAAGCAUGA